AUGGCUCCCUUUUCCCCGAACGCCAGAGAAGUAUCGGGCGACUAUCUCACGACCCUCGUUAAACGCACAACAUCGCAUAACUUCCCCAUCUCCCAACUCCGCCAGCGCGAGCUCUCCCAUCGGAUUACAGAGAGAGCCCAUCCCCUCGCCCCGCGCGCUGAGCAUGAAUCAAACCCAGUCCAGCCCAGUCGAGGCAUCGUUAACCCCUCCAGCAUAAACAUGGGAGGCCUGAUGGCCCUUUUCGCUAUCAUAGGCGCCGCGUUCGUGCUGGCUGGCAUUUGGUUCUUUUUCUGGGCGAAGAAUGGCGGCUUUGUCUGGCGCAAAGGUGACUGGGAAGAAUACAAGUCCACAGUACUACGCCGGAAGGACUCUGAUGGCAGGACUCUCAGCAACGCCACCAAGAGCACAGCUCUAGGCGGUGGGAGUGUUGUGGGUAAGGGCUAUGGCGAUUACCAUAGUAGCACCAAUGCUGCGACCACAGUUGAUGGCUCUGUCGUAUCGGGCGAGAAGCCGCGGCGCAAAGGCAUCAGGGAGACCGCCAAAGAGAAAUUGUUGCGGAGACGGAGGGAUGAGGAGUGGGAGGGCGGUGCAGAUGAAGAUAUGCGCGCAUACCGCCAUGAGAAACCUGCGAAACGCCAACGAAACGCUUCCGGCUUUUCCUUCACCACCGGCGAGGACGAUGUCAUGACGGUCGCCACGGAGGAACAGCGAUUGCAUAACCAUGCGCCCCUUUCCUCCGGACAUCAUGACAGCAGCCACCACCACCGCCACCAGCACCGUAGCAGCCACGGUUCCGACGCGCCAUCUACUUCAACCCGCCCACGCGGGCCGCGCCCAAACGCUCCUGCUCCUGCUCCUGCCCCUGCUUCUAGUCGGUUGCGCCAGUCGAAUCCGCGCAAGCGGGAGCGCACCGCGAUGCCGGGCAGUUAUGCGGCGCCGCAGGAUAUAGCUUCCUCGACACAUGGUUCGGACUACACGUAUGAGCAGGUGAGCCUUGCGGAGCCGGAUACCGGCACGGGCACAAGGAGUUACCAUCAUCCUAUCCCGGGUUUGUCGAAGGGGUAUCGGCGUACUGCUGAUGGAGGGCGAGGCGGAGGGGGAGGAGGGAGGGGAAGGAGAGAUAGUUUGAGUGACAGUGAAGGGGAAGAUUAUGAUAGUCGGAUAUCCUAG